AUGGCGUCAGAGCAAGCAAGAAGAGAGAAUGUUGUGAAGGAGAGAGAAGUUGAAGUUGAGAAAGACAGAGUCCCGAAGAUGACGAGUCAUUUCGAGUCCAUCGCUGAGAAAAGCAAAGAAGGAGAAAGUGGCGGUGGGACUCCGUUCGUGUCGCUUUCCGACGAAGGAGAUACGACGAAGAUGAAGAGGACUCAUAUGCCUCACUCUGUCGGGAAAUUCGUUACGACCAGCGAAGGAACAACGGAGAAGAAGGAGGGGCAAGAGAAGGCGUCUCUAGAGGAUAUUCAUCGUUAUAGAGCCAAUGCUCAACAGAAAUCAAUGGAUACAAUACGAGCAGCUGAAGAACGGUAUAACAAAGCUAAGGAGAGCUUGAGCCAUGGUGGUCAAGAAGCUCGUGGUGGAGGAGGACAAGAUAUAGAAGGAAAAGGGCGGGGAAGUGGUGUUCAUGUUACUCAUGUUGGGGCUGAGAAAGAAGGACAUGGUCAGGAGUCGGGUGGUGGUGGUCGAAUAGGAGCUGCUCCUGUCUUAGGACAAGAAGCUCGUGGCAAAUUAGGAGAAGAAUUGUCGGGAAAAGAGAGAGAAAGUGGUUCACAUGGUUUUCGUGGGGAGAAAGCAGAACAUGCUAAGAUUUUAGCUGCAGGAGGUGGUGAGAUGAGAGAAAGACAAGGUCAAGAAUCACUUGGUGGUGGUGGUCGGAGUGCAACUGAUAAAGGAAAGCAAGCUAAGGAAAGUGUUGGACAAGGUACUCAGAGAGCUUCCGAUUACGUGACGGAGAAGGGAAGGGAAACUGGACGCGUGGCGGCUCAGAAAGGACAAGAGACAAAGGAGCAGGAAGGGAGAGCUAAGGAUUACACUAUGGAGAAAGCUAGUGAAGCUAAAGAUACAGCGGCAGAGAAAGCUCGGAGACCUUCUGAGUAUGCGGCGGAGAAAGCGAAAGAACCGGGGAAUGUGACAGCUGAACAAACUGGGAGAGCUAAAGACACUGCGGCGGAGAAAGCUCGGAGAGCGAGUGAGUAUGUGACGGAGAAAGGAAAGGAAACAGGGAACACGGCGGCUGAACAGGCUGCGAGAGCGAAAGAUUAUGCUUUACAGAAAGCUGUUGAAGCGAAAGACAUUGCGGCUGAAAAAGCUCAGAGAGCUUCAGAGUAUGUGACGGAGAAAGGAAAGGAAACAGGGAACACGGCGGCUGAACAGGCUGCGAGGGCGAAAGAUUAUGCUUCACAGAAAGCUGUUGAAGCGAAAGACAUUGCGGCUGAGAAAGCUCAGAGAGCUUCACAGUAUGUAUCGGAGAAAGGUAAAGAAGCUGGAAACAUUGCUGCUGAGAAAGGACAAGUGGCGAAAGAACAGACGGUUUCAGUGACUGGAAAAGCGAAAGACUACACCGUUCAGAAAGCCGGUGAAGCUGUGGAAAUGAGCAAGGAAGCGGCUGAGUAUGCAAAAGAAACUAUAGUGGAAGGAGGAAAAGGAGCAGCACAUUACGCCGGAGUGGCCGCUGAGAAAGCGACUGCAGUUGGGUGGACAGCGGCGCAUUUCACGACUGAGAAGGUGGUUCAAGGGACGAAAGCGGUUGCGGGUACGGUCGGGUACGCAGGGCAUAAGGCGGCUGAAGUGGGAUCUAAGGCGGUUGAUUUGACUAAGGAGAAAGCCGCGGCGGCUGCUGAUACGGUGGUUGGGUAUACAGCGAGGAAGAAAGAGGAAGCUCAACACAAAGACCAAGAAAUGCACCAGGGAGGUGAGGAAGAGAAGCGACCAGGGUUUGACACAGAACAAAGGAGAGGCUAUGGAGAGGAGUACGGAGAAGAAAGAGGGUACAGGUCGACAAAAGGAAUUGCCGGAGAAGCGAGGAGAGACGUUGGAGAAGGGUGCGGAGGGAGUGAGAAAGAUGUCUACGGUUACGGAGCAAAAGGAAUGGCCGGAGAAGCGAGGACAGAUGUCGGAGAGGCGGAGUUAUCCUCCGGAGGAGGAAGAAGGAACGAAAGAUAUGUCGAAGAAGAAGGGGUUGGAGUGCUUGGGGCAAUCGGCGAGACUAUAGCUGAGAUUGCGCAGACGACUAAGAACAUAGUUAUCGGAGACACGCCCGAGAGGACACGAGAGCAGGGAGCUAGUACUGAUUAUAUAAGAUAG